UGGCAAUAUUUUUAUUUCCCGCCUUUACUAACCUAUGGCAUUGAAACUUAACCCCAAAAAGUUGCGUCUUCUCUAUUUAACAGUUUAAAUUUGUUUAAAUAGUUUGUUGUGUGUACAUUUUAUUGUAUUAUAUCGUUUUUUUUUGGAAAAAUACACCAAUAUGAGCAAAACGAAGAAAGCUACACAACAAGAAGAGGAGUUCGUGGUGGAGAAGAUCAUUGACGUUAGGAUAAAUGAUAAAGGUAAAAAGGAGUAUUUAUUAAAAUGGAUUGGCUAUUCGGACAGUGAAAACACUUGGGAACCAGAAGAAAACUUGGACUGUCCCGGUCUAAUACAGGCAUUCGAAGCUGAGAAAGGCAAAAAAAGAAAGAGCACAAAUACACCUACACCAGAUACAAAAACGACAAAACGUAAAGGCGAAGAGAAGAAGAAUGUUGGAUUUGAUCGGGGCUGUGAACCUGAAAAGAUUAUUGGAGCCACAGAUUGUUCGGGUCAAUUAAUGUUUUUAAUGAAAUGGGUGGGUACUGAUGAGGCUGACUUAGUACCAGCCAAACAAGCCAAUGUAAAAUGUCCACAUGUCGUCAUUAAAUUUUAUGAGGAACGAUUGACUUGGGCUACGAACAAGGAGAAGGAAAAGACGACAUUUCUGUUAAACAUGAGGACUAGAUCGGCACAACAAAAAGAGGAAUUCAUGGUGGAGAAGAUCAUCGACGUGAGAAUAAACGACGAGGGUAAAAAGGAGUAUCUACUAAAAUGGAUUGGCUACCCGGACAGUCAGAACACUUGGGAACCUGAGACGAACUUGAGUUGUCCAAGUUUGAUUCAGGCCUUCGAAAGCGAGAAGAGUAAAAAAGUUGAAGGGUUCAAUCGUGGGUACAAGCCGGAAAAAAUUAUUGGCGCAACUAAUUGUUCAGGUCAAUUAAUGUUUUUGAUCAAGUGGGUGGGAACUGAUGAGGCUGACUUGGUCCAUGCCAAAGAAGCCAAUUUAAAAUGUCCACAUAUGGUUAUUAGAUUUUAUGAGGAACGAUUGGAUUGGUCCUCAAACUAAGUGAGCAAGAACACAAUGUAAUUAUUAAGUCAGUUGAAUUUUGGGUCAUUGAGUCAGACAAUUAUUGGAAACUAAUGUGUGUAUGGGGUAAGAAAAGUAUUUAAACAAAUAUAGUUUGUUCAUGACAAAGUCAAAUACACUGUAGUAGUACUCCAAACUAAAAAUUUAUUUUUAAUAAUUAUUGUGAAUAUUUUUAGUACAAAAAAAUUCACAAUUACACUGUAAAUAUUUGUUAUUAUUAUUAUUAUUAAUUAUUAGAAUUAGAAUUAUAAAUAGUGGUAUAUUUAAUUAUGUAACCCUAAUUGUUAUUAUUUAAAUCAUAUUGUAUUAAAUUAAAUUUGUAAUUAUUA